AUGACAGGUCUAGGACGCUUCGUCUUGUUUAGUGUGGCGCUUGUAGUGGCUAUUAUAGCGUUUGCCUGGCCGCAGAUUGAACAUCGUCUCAUUAAUAAUGGCUAUAGCUGCCCGUACCCCUUUUCUAUGCUAUUGAAUGGCAAGGGCACUGAAAACAAAGCAACGGCAGAAGCCGAAGAAUUACCUACGUAUACACUGGAGCAGCUUCGUGUAUAUGAUGGUUCAGAUGAGGAAAAGCCCAUUUUAUUGGCAGUCGGUGGCAAGGUUGUGGACGUGACGACGGGUGCCAAGUUUUAUGGCAAGGGAAUGUUGUACAAUCAAUUUGCUGGAAGGGCUUGUACGCGUGCAUUGGCGCUGGGUUCGCUCGAGGAGAAAGAUAUCAGCGACGACGUCUCGGAUUUUGAUGACAAACAGACGAAGGAACUGGUCGAGACGAAAUUAUUCUACUACGAAAAGUAUCCUAUCGUCGGAGAGUUGGCGUAG